UGACCCUUGUCAUCUAGAUCAUCCCUACAUUGCUUGCACCGAGGCCCGAGGAAGCUUUCAGAGGGGGUGACGGAUCAUAGCUCAUUGACCACCAGAAUGGUAUGCAAUCUUGUUUUCUCAAUCUUUCUAUAGCAAUCUGGAGGCUAGGCACGUGCGUUCUGAUAUCUCUGGCUGUUUCCAGAAACACCGAAGCUACCGGGCAGUUCAAGAUGCUCUUCUUGGAUGGAAUUAGAUAUAAUUGCAAGCAAGAUUACCAUCUCCUUGUCCGUGGCACUGUUUUCUGCUGUCAAUUUUUUUUGGAGGCGCCCACGAUGAGAUGAUGAUCAAACAUGAGUUGAACCGCGCAGAGAUC